AUGGCAGGUUCUAAAGGUUCGAAAUCUGGUGGUUCUCCCUCAGUGGGCUCCAAAACGGGUGGUUCUGCUGCUUCGAGCACGAAAAGUGGUGGUUCCCAGAAAGGUUCUGGCGGGUCCUCGGGAAGCAAGGUCCAGGGAUCAAGUAACGAUACUAUGAAGGCUCCUGGGCAGGAUGGGUUCAUCUCAAGGAGUGGUUUUGAGAGUGACCCUAAAGGCUAUUUCAAAGGUAAAGUGAAAAUGGCAGGUUCUAAAGGCUCGAAAUCUGGUGGUUCUACCUCAAUGGGCUCCAAAACGGGUGGUUCUGCUGCUUCGAGCACGAAAAGUGGUGGUGGUUCGCAAAAAGGUUCUGGUGGGUCCUCAUUGAGAGUGACCGGAAAGGCUAUUUCAAAGGUCUUCGUGAUUAAGUCUGAAUAA